AUGGAUGUAUGUGAAAAAUAUGUAAUCAAUCCAUGUGAACCAUUAAAUUAUUGCUCAAAUAUUGAUGAUUAUCGUCCAAUACAAUCUACAUUAUUAACACGUUUUACAUCAGCAAAUUGUUCCGAAUUGUGGCGAACAACAAAUCAAGAAUAUGGAGCAUUUUAUUAUCAACAGUUACCUCAAUAUUGUAUACCUGAUAAUCUAAAAGCUAAAAUUUAUCAACGUCAUAAUCGUUUUCAAGAUUGGCUUUCAUAUCAAAAUAAAUAUCAAAAUUUAGUAACGUCAUGUACAACAAAUUCGAAUAAUAAUAACAAUAGUAGUCAAAGAAUUUUUCCAUCAAAUAGAAAUGAAACUGUGCGUAUAACACAUCGGAAAAAGUUCUUGUCUACAUGUAAUGAUGAACAAAAUGAUAAUCAACAAAAUCCAAAUACUUUCUCAUCAUGUGGUGUCGAUGGAUUAGUUACAGAAUAUAUUGUUAGAAAAAUACUCAAUAAAUUACAAUGUUUAAUUUGUCCUGAUGAAUAUCAUGAUGUUGCUGAAUGUGCACAAAUACUUGUUAGUGAUCUUCUAAGGCAUACAGGAAAAGUAAUGGUGGAACCAUGUUUAUUGGCAAAUGAUAUUAUUGAUCGAGUUGUUACUACCAUGAUAACUCCUCCAAGUAAUAUCGAACAAUUAAUUUUAAAUCCUUGUUGUUCAAAUCUUUCAACAAAACCAAUAUGUUAUUCUUCUCCACAACCAUUACCAGAUAAUUGUCAAACAAUACAACAAUCAAAUAUAGCAAACAAUGAACUUCCUGUAUGUACAACUGUGGAUACUUCAGUUCCAUUGAAUAAUUGUAAUCAAACUAUACCUGUCUCCAAUGUAUUCGAAAAACUGACUCAUCUUGAGAAUGCUAUAUCAAAAGUUUCCAACGAUUUUGUCAAAUCAUAG